CCCACGGCCGCUCUGGGCACCGACAGUCUAUGGUGGAGCCCCUCUCUCGGCAUCGAGAUAGGGCACUUGCAGGGCCGGCGCCAUGUUGGGUUGAAAGCGAGGCUGGGGGCGGGCCAGGCGGCGGAUUUUCUCCCCGCAACGGCUCUUCGGUUCAGACGAGCUGCGAAGACGGAUAUAGGCGAGGGGGAGAUGGCUGCUGGCUCCAGGGGCCGCGGGGACGAAGACAGCCUGCCCUGCCCCGCGCCCGCCCCCCUGCCUGCACCCCCGCUGCAGCCCCUCACCCCGGACCCCGACGUCCUGCUCACCCCGGACCGGGAGGGCGUUGCUGGCGGGGGAAUCCUUAGGCGCCGUGGCCCAGGCAACAUCCCCCGCCGGCAGGUUCGUUUCCAGCUGGACUCCAGUUCUCCUGUGGUUGGAAGAGGGCGAGUGGAGCGGCCAGGGCAAGUGGAGGAGACGCAGGGUGCUGCCCCCAGCCUGCUGACAAGAGAGCCCCAGGGCAGCCUGGCAGAAGACGGGUGUGUGGAGCAGCUCCAUCCGCUAGGCACCCCUGUGGUCCACAGCAGCCUUGCCUUGGGGGCUGAGGUGCAGACAGCCUGGGAGCAGACCUUCGAUGCCCGGAAGGCUGCCCACGAACUCCUCCAGCGCUCCUUUCCCACCCGUUGCACAGUAGAAGCUCGAGUAGGUGAAGGCAUGAACAUCCCUCGGGAACAGCAGCUCUACCGAGGACUGGUCAGCCUGCAGGUGCCUGAAGAGGAAUUGCUGAGCUCUGCCGUGCAGGAGAAACUGGCACUUGCUGGGCCCCGGCUGGAAGCCAGGAAGGAGCCGGCCUUGGAGGGCCCAGACCUGAUGGCCUUCUACCACCCCGAAGAGCUGUUCACCGAGACCCCUUUCCUAGAGGUGGAGGGGCUGCCCCCCCUGGAACGGAAGCUGCGCACUCGAGAUCCAACAGCCACCUUCUCGAUGUACCGGAAGCUGCGCCAGUGGGACAGCUGAGGGGGGGGGGAGGCAGGAGGAGCCUGGCCUCUGUGGCAGCUCCUUCCUUUCCUGGCUGGGGGACCCAGAGACGGCCUUGUACAUAGCACAGCAAGAGGGUGGCUGAUUCGCAGGGGACUCCGCCACCCUCUCUGCAAACCCCAUUUUGAUACAUAAACACCACAACCAGCAA